GUAGCAGCGUUCAGCCCGAAUCUCCAAAGACUUUCAGAAAACCCAAAUAUUCCUGAGACUCGUGGAGAAACUUCUCAGACCGCCGUUAGUCGUAAUCCACGUAGUUCACAUCAAGAUGUGAAUGAUAGUGAGGAGAGCCAUCCUUCUGGUCAAUCACACUCACUUAGAACCGAACCAGACAAUGAACAGCAAACAUCCAUUAUCAACGAAAGUUCGAUCAACAACUCUUUUGUAUAUGAUCCAAAAUUGCCCAAGCUGAAUAAACUUUCUGUAUCAAUUAAACCGAGAAGAAAUGGAUCAAAUGUUUUUAUAGAAGUUCCUGCAUUAAAAAAGGUGCGGACUGCUUAUAAAGACCGAAAUGAAGUUGUGGAAAGAUGUACUGAAGAACAAUGCAUUAACUUCUUAAUGAUUGAUUCUACAACAAAUGAUAUUAUGAGUGAUGAAGAUACCGAAUACUUUAGUAUCAAGGAUUUUAUUGUUUAUGAUGAAAAUAGCGAGAUAAGCGACUUUUGGAUAGAAUAUGACUUCCGUAGUUCUGAAUUUUAUUGGAAUGGGGUACUUGUCGACGGAGAAAAAAGUGUUUCAUGCAUUGGAGCUCAUUUCAAAAAAUUUACAAUAGAAGGGUAUGGCAUUGAUCAUAGUGAAGUCAUAAUAUGGUUUGAAUCUUAUGUUCGCGAAAAUCUUUGGUACAAAGUUAUUUCCACACUACCAGAGUUCACUCAAAUUUGGAAUAAUUUUGUAUGGAAAGUGUAUCUGACAAAAUAUGUAUUGGAUUGGAUUCAUAUGAACCCGUCAGUUCUGUUUAAAGACUUAGAAUCACACUUUUAUAAUUGGAUUCAUAACUUGCGUAGUGGGGAUCUAUUUUAUGAAAAGUGGAUUUCUGAAUUAAAUCCACGAACGCAAGAUUUCAGGCUUCUCGUAGUAAACAACAUGUAUUUAAUAUGGCAUGAGGCUUAUUUUCUCGGCUCUGAUUAUUCCGAAAAACCAUUUUUUCAAGACGAGUGGAGUCCAGGAAGGUACUCUACCAAUGGCAAGAAGUCUAAUAGCAAAAGUCCGGAACAAACUAUAGUCACGCCAACCGUGUAUAGAUGGUUUAACGAUAUAUUUCCAACCCUUCUGGAUGCAAUAGAGCCAGCCAAUUACAAUGAAUCAGAAGACAAUUGGUCCAAACAUGUAGAAUUUAGUAAACAUGAAUUUAAAGAACUCAAACAUAAAGAAACUAUAAUUUUCCGAGGAUUAAUCUCGGAAAAUGAAAAUACGUAUCAUCAAGUGCAAAUUGAUGAGAUUAUCAUUAAUAUUGGAGACUGUUGCGAAAUUUAUAAUGAUGCUUCUACGGAACCAAGCGUUCGCUGGAUAUGUUAUAUUACAGCAAUUAUCAAUGAUAAAAGCGGUGAUUUUAUUAAAUUUGUGUGGCUCUAUUCAAGGAAUGAUACCCUAUUGCAGAAUUUGGAUAAGGAUUUAAAUCCAAAUAAGUCAAAAGAACUAUUCUUUACCUUACACUGUGAAUGUACCAAAAGAUGGCCACUUAGUAGUAUUAAGAGGAAGGUUUUUGUAAAUUUUGGAGAUUCAAAAGUUCCUUAUUCAUCGAACAAUGAUAAUGAGUUCUUUUGUAGAUAUGCUUACCUUCCGAUGGAGACAGAAGGAAGCUUCAUCACAUUCCAUGAAGUUAUGACCUUUCCUAACGAAAAAAAUGGACUUUGCUGUGGUUGUGGAGAUAGUGACGAUCAAUUUUCGAUUUUCAAAAGGAAAUACGAAAUUGAUGAUUGCAUUUUACUAAAGCCACUUGAAGGAGAUAAUAAAGAACUUUAUACCGUUUGUAAAAUUGAGAGCAUAAACGAAGAGAAGAAAUAUGUUACUCUUCGGCGUUUUUAUAGACUAUCAGAAGUAUCUCCUGAACGAUAUGGGAUGGCGAAAAACGAAUUAUUAUUUUCGGAUUACUUAUUUAAUUUUGAUAAGUUUCGUGAUGUCGUUCGAAGUUGCCACGUAGAAUUCUUGCCACCUGGUGAAGAAAAAUCUGUUAAUUUACUUCAUCGUGGCACCGGUGAACAUUUCUAUUUCUCGCGAAUAUAUUUUCGAAUAACAAAAGCAAUAAAAGACCUCGACUUAAACAUGAUGGAAUAUUUUUCUAAAAUAUUUCCGGACUGGUUUUAUAAAGUUGAUCCUUGUACCAAAUUAAAAUGCCUUGACCUUUUUUGUGGAGGUGGUUCGCUGGGAAGGGGAUUUGAAGAUGCAGGAUUUGUAGAGUGCAAAUGGGCUAUAGAUACCAAUGAAUCUGCUAUGAAAACUUACAUGCAUAAUUCCAAACAAGGGGAUGUUGUGCUCGUCAAUGAAAGUGUUAAUAAAAUUCUCGCAAAUGUUAUGAGGAAUGAAAAUAAUCAGAAUUUACCAAAAAAGGGUGAAAUUGAUAUAAUUUUGGCAGGAUCUCCUUGCCAAGGGUUUUCACGUAUAAACAAACAUCAAGAUAGCGACAGGAGCAUUGCCAAUAAUUCAUUAGUUGCGUCUGUUGCGUCAUUUGUUGACUUUUAUCGGCCAAGAUUUUUAUUAUUGGAGAACGUGGCAACGAUUCAGCGUCAAUACGGAUGUUUGCUUGAAAUCGGCUAUCAAAUUAAGGUUGGUCUAAUAUCUGCUAUCCAACAAGGUUGCGCUCAAGAAAGGAAUCGAGUAUUUCUUUGGGCCGCAGCACAUGGUGAAGUGUUACCAAAUCAUCCACCGGUUUCACAUCUGUAUUCUAAGAAUUUCAGAUCAUAUCGAACAUUGUUUUACUUAGGAAAUGGCACAAGUUUGAAAGGGAUAUCUAAUGCUUCUGUUGCAAGUUUCAAAAUGACUACGGUUGGAGAGAUCACUUAUGAUCUUCCCAAGUUAGAUACCGGAAUCUACUGGUAUCCUACAUAUCCGGAUCACGUUGCUACUCUUAGUAGCUACCAAACCAAAGAGAUUCUAAGAAGGAUUCCCGUCUUCCCUCCCGGAUCUGACUACUAUUCAGCUCGUGUAAAGGAAAGGAUACCUGAUAGAUUUUGCAAAGCAGAAUACGAUUCAAAACGCGAGAAACAUAACGGUGGAGAGAGGUAUAGAUUUUGUCAACGUAUCGAAAAAGACGAUGUUUUCUCAACAAUAUGUACUUCAAUGAAACCAAGAGUCAUAAGUGUCCGAGAGGCCGCAAGAGCACAAGGUUUUCUCGAAAAAGAUAUUCUAUGUGGUACUAUAGCUGAUCAGUACAAAGUAAUUGGAAAUAGCGUUCCGAGAAACAUCGCCUUUGCUCUUGGACUCCAGUUGGGAAGAGCUUUGACAGAUCAUGAACAUGAGCACCUUCCCAAAAACAAUUAUAUAUUAUGGAGUGAUUAUUAA